ACAUAUCAAGAGAGUUGUCGAAUGAAGUGAAAUGAAAAUAAGUGGUAGCUUCAAAAUGUAAACUAUGGCCAAGGCAAAGACCAAGAAAGCCACCACUAGUCCUGCAAAGUCUCGUUUGAAAGCUCCUUUACGCUCAGCCAAGGCGAUCACCGCGAAAAGCAAAACACCUAGUGAGUUGGCCCUGACACGGCACGUGAAGCAAGGUGGGAAGGUAUCUGCAACCUCACUCCUCAGCCCUUUGCCUACCAGGGAGCAGCCUGUGCGACAAGCUGAAAACGAUGUGGAAGAGGUUUUCACCAGGUUGCAGUGUGGGACAGUUCCCAAGUCCCUUCCAUGCAGAGACUCUGAGUAUGAGACAGUUUUGACAUUCCUCGAGGGCAAGCUAGGAAGCUCCACUGGAGGAUGUCUAUACAUCUCCGGAGUGCCGGGAACAGGCAAAACUGCCACCGUCCAUGCUGCCAUUACGGAACUCCAAUCCUGGGUUGAAGAGGGUGAUCUUGGCGAAUUUCGAUUCAUUGAGAUCAAUGGCAUGCGCCUCUCCGAGCCUAAGCAGGCGUACGUGCAGAUUUGGAAGGAGUUGAACGGCACCGACAAACGUGUGACUGCGGAGCAUGCGGCGCAGCUAUUGGAUAAGUUCUUCGGUAAUCCCUCGACAAUAAAAUCUCCAAUUGUCUUGCUUGUUGAUGAGCUGGAUUUGCUGUUGACGCGCAAGCAGACGGUUCUCUACCAACUGUUUGACUGGCCAAGCAAACCUGGCUGUCCACUGGUAGUGCUGGCGAUUGCCAACACCAUGGACUUGCCGGAAAGAGCUAUGAUGGGCCGUGUUUCUAGCCGUCUGGGUCUUCAACGUCUCACGUUCCAGCCUUACUCAUACCAGCAACUUAAGGAGAUUGUCUUAUCACGCGUUGAAGACCUAUGUGUGUUUGAGAAAGAAGCUGUGGAGUUUGUAGCUCGAAAGGUGGCUGGUGUGUCUGGCGAUGCACGCCGUGCUCUAAGUAUCUGUCUGCUGGCUGUGGAACUGAUGAACAAGAAAAAGAAGGCAGACGAAGGUAAUGGUACAAAGGUGGUCACAAUGGGGUUGGUCAAUGAAGCACUCAAGGCUAUCACGUCGUCUCCCAAACUGAUUGCAAUCAGCAAUGCAUCCUUCUUCGAGAAGCUCUUUCUCCAGGCAAUAGUUACAGAAUUCAAGAGGUGUGGCAUUGAAGAAACAUCAUUCAGCGAUGUACUGUCAACGCUAACUUUGAUAUGCCAGACACAAGGAAUAAAACGCAUUCCUUCAACACCAUCUGUGCGAUCCAUCUGCGCCAGCCUUGCUACAUCUCGCCUGAUUCACCUGGACGCGUCGACUCGUGACCUUCAGCAGCGUAUACAGCUUAACAUGAGCCAGGAUGACGUCUCACUGGCUCUACGCGACUUAUUCUGACGUGCGCCGCCGCCGCCACGUACCUGUACUACAUGUGCUACCACUGGAUAUGCUAUUGGUCCUGUUGAAGUGCUGCGUCUGUGACAGGCGUUCUAUGCUACCUUGGGCUGGCGAUGUGCUGCGACUGGAACCGGCUUUAGGCAGGGGGCAGAAUCAUGACCUAGUGCUUCAAACUGCACGUUGUCAUCGGUUCUGUCUCAAAAAUACAAAACCGUGUACAUAACAAGAGAGAUCUUUGAAGUAGUUCUCGCUCAUCAUUUACCGUGCAAUGCGUGAGUGGUUGAGUACAAAACAUUUUUUAAAUAUUUCCACCUUGCUCUUUUUUUCUCUUUUUUUGUACAUUUGAAUACGUGCCUCUUGUGCAGUCAUGUACGUUUAUCAUAUUUCGUUGCAAUAGCAAUGGUGCUCUCCGAUAA